AUGGCUAUGCUUGGUGGUCAACGUAUGACUGACGCAGACAUCUUGAGCCUCGGAAAUAAUCGGUUCUACGAGUUCAAACCACCAACAGCACAAGACGACCCUAGAGCGAGUUGGAAGGGUGGCCAGUCUGCCAAUCUAACGGGACCGACGUAUGGUUUUGCAUUUAAAGAGCAGAUUUAUUCUCCAUAUGGCUGGGUGAUUGGUUCGAGCUCCGACGAUAGCUGUGAUUUUCAAAUCGCCGCAGACAACCGCGAUGGUGUCAGCGGAGAACAUCUACGAGUCGAGAUCAGUCCAGAUAGCCAUUGUCACCCUCGUGUGACAAACUUGUCGAGGAAUUCGAUUAUGGUCUGGUAUGGAGAACGCAUGGUAGCUCUACAGAAGGACGAUCAUACAGACAUCACCGAACCCGUCAGGAUUCACAUAACGGCAGACCUCGUCAUAUAUGCUUGGUGUCCAGAAUUGUCACGGGAACAGGACAGACGAUACAAACGGCAUGCUGAGGAGUUUCACCGUGACCGUGAGUUUGCUCAACCGAGACCCCUCAACGACUCUCGCAUGGCCCAGACCCCCGACAUCAGAUGGGGAAUGAACGGUACGAUGUAUAAGCGAACAGGGACGCUCAGCUCUUCCACAGGGAGUUUCGCUUCCGUUAUGCAGGUGGAGGAGGUAACAUCGGGGGGUGUCUUCGCAGCAAAAGUUCCUCAUUUCAGGUCUUCAGAUUCAAUGGCAAUAGUUAGACAACGUCGGGAAACGCUAGUGGGCGAAUUUCGCAAACUAAUGUCGCUGAGACACGUAGGUUGGAUCCGUCCAUCUUUGUCAGUAAAAAAUGAUAAUAACAACGUCUUGCAGAACAAUAUCGUUGAAGCCGUCGAGAUAGUUGAAGGAAGGACACCAAACGAGCCACCGUGGUUAAUUAUGGAGUGGAUACGUUUGGAUCUACGUUCUGUGCCCCUCAAAGAUGAGGAGAAACAUACCGUCCUAAGGCAAAUUAGCAUGGGACUGGCCUUCAUGCACCGAAACCACUUCGCACAUCGCGAUCUCAAACCAGAGAAUAUCCUAAUCAAACGGGACGAUGAUAUAUUGAUCGCAAAACUCGGGGAUUUUGGUUUGUCCAAAGUACUCGGAAAUAUGCAUACGCACGCUGGCUCGUUUAUAUACAUGGCUCCAGAGCUUUGGGACGAAGAUCGAAUCGGCUAUACGGAAGUUGUGGAUUUGUGGUCGCUGGGGGUUAUUUGUCUCGAGAUUCUCACUGGGUGGGUUUCCAUCUUAGACGAAUUCCCACGAACAGGGCCACCGGGUCCACAGCAGCACAAGACAUGGGUCGAAAGGUCGAUAAUGCCGCGCUUAAGCCAAACAACACCGGCCGAAGGUGGGGAGUUGCUCAAGGGGUUAUUGACAUUGACGCCGACUGAGAGGUGGACAGCGGAUCAGGCGGAGGCAUGGCUUCGCCCACAUUCGUUUAGCGGCCAAGUCGGUGGUGUGGUGGGCAGCGACGCUUCAAUGGAAAAUGGUACUAGCCGGAGGGGCGUACGGAGUGAGCAUCCAACCUUGUCGACAACACGAGCGAACAAUGCUUCACCAACUCCCUCCGUGCGAAGUUCAGAUCCGUCCUUGCCGGACACGGAUCCUUGCGGGUCACCAUGGUUUCGUUCUCCGAAUGCAGACGAGUUAGAUGAUACAAGCUCUUCUUAA